AAAAAGCAGAGACCUGUCUUUAUUAGAGGAGAACGAAUAAAUAAAUAAAGUUCUAUUAUAUUACUCCCUACUCCUACUACUACAACUCUCCUAAAGCCAAAGGGGAAACUUCCCCCUUAAAUUUGUUAUAUAAAUCCCCUCAUCAUCAUCAUCAUCACCAUCUCAAUCUCAAUCUCAGUCUCAUUCUCACCCACCACUUCCUCAGUUCCUCCUCCCAAACUCUUUCCUUUCCACUUCCUAAUUCCAUUAAACUCCCCUUCUCUAUAUAUAUAGCCAGCAGCAGUGUAACUGACUGCAGCGGAGUGCCCGAAAAAAUGGGGGCAAAGAAGCCUAGAAUUGUGAUAAUUGGGGCCGGGAUGGCCGGCCUCACCGCCGCGAACAAGCUCUACGUCGGUGGCGGCUCGAGGGAUUUGUUUGAGCUGGUUGUGGUGGAAGGUGGCCCCCGGAUUGGGGGCCGCAUCAAGACGUCUGAGUUUGGGGGCGACCGGGUUGAGAUGGGCGCCACGUGGAUCCAUGGGAUUGGUGGCAGCCCGAUCCAUGGCAUCGCGAAGGAGAUCCGGGCCUUGGAGUCCGAGCAGCCCUGGGAGUGCAUGGACGGGUUCCUGGAUGGGCCCCAGACCGUGGCUGAAGGCAGGCGUGUGGUGAGCCCUUCGAUCGUCGACAACGUCUCGACCCUGUUCCGGGUCCUAAUGGAUUUCGCAGGGAAGCCGCGGGAAGAUUGCCCGAACCCGGACGAGAAGGAGUACUAUGAUACUGCAGCGAAGGCCUUGGAGGUUUGUGCUACGAGCAAUGGCGGGUUGAGUAAGGUCAGUAUUGGGUCAUUCCUUAGGAAAGGUCUUGAGAUGUACUGGGAGAAUCACCCGAAGGAUGAGGAGAUCAGAGCGUUGGAAGAAGCAGUCUUCGCGAUGCACGAGAACACCCAGAGGACUUACACAUCGGCCGGAGAUCUCUAUAGGCUCGAUUUUGAGGCCGAGAGUGAGUACAGGAUGUUCCCCGGGGAGGAGAUUACUAUUGCCAGCGGUUACUCGCGUGUAAUCGAGCACUUGGCCUCGGUGCUGCCAGAGGGCAUGAUCCAGUUGGGUCGUAAAGUCUCGAGGAUCGAAUGGAACCAGGAUGCUCUCCGAUCAUCUGGAAUCCCGGGAAAGGGUCAUUGUGAUAGUGACAAUAGGCCCGUGAUGGUACAUUUUUGGGACGGAUCUGUAACAUCUGCUGAUCAUGUGAUUGUCACGAUCUCGUUAGGGGUAUUAAAGGCUGGGAUUUCAGGUGGUUCCGGCUUGUUCAGCCCUCCACUUCCCGAUUUCAAGAGAGAGGCUAUAUCGAGACUCGGGUUCGGGGUUGUUAACAAGCUGUUCCUCCAAUUGGGUCCUGGCCACCAUUCCGAGAACUUCCCGUUCUUGCAAAUGGGGUUUCAUCCAUCGGACUCGGAGUUAAGGCACCGGAAAGUGCCCUGGUGGAUGAGGAGGACGGCCACUCUGUGUCCAAUCUACAAGAACUCGAAGGUCGUCCUCUCCUGGUUUGCAGGGGAGGAAGCCCUUGAGCUUGAGAAGCUCACCGACCAAGAGAUCAUCGGUGGAGUCUCCAGCACAAUCUUGUGCCUAUUACCCGAAUCCGACCCAAAGAGCUCCAAGGAAAUAUGCAAUGGGAGCACCGGGAACAGCGUUAAAUUCACAAAGGUGCUAAAGAGCAAGUGGGCAUCCGACCCGUUGUUCCUCGGGUCAUACAGCUAUGUCCAGGUCGGAUCAAGCGGGGACGAUCUAGACGCCCUAGCAGAACCGUUGCCAAGGCUGAGCCGCAGCGAAUGCGAGUUCGGGCUACAAAUUCUGUUUGCGGGUGAGGCGACGCACCGAACUCACUACUCCACCACCCAUGGGGCGUACUUCAGUGGGCUUAGAGAAGCCAAUAGGCUGCUUAAACAUUAUCAGUGUGGUUGAAGCUUAGAACAACAAACUACUAGCUAGGUAAAUUUUCUUCUUCUUAAUUUUUUUGAUGUCAUGUUUAUUGUUUUUUUUUUGGGGGCCAAUUACUUAUAUCAGCUAUUUUUGUUAUAUUCAAGAUUGCAACACCUGUCUUUCUUCUUUUUUUA